CUGGCUCCUCCCCCAAACAACGGUUCGUUCUACCUGGAAGCUACAGGCGUUGCUUGGUGUACACGUCAAACUGGCAUCAACUUAUAUCAUGUUGCCAGAAGUUACAUUCACGGCUUGAUAAUGGCACAUCUAUCUUUUCCUCUUCAGUGAUACGUUUCUCCUUUUCCCCUGUUAUUGUCUUUGUGCGUUCCCUCCCUGUGCCUUGCCUGCAACUCCUCGAUCUCCCGUUCCGAUUCCGGGUCUUUGAGAACCCUCCUGGUCACCGCAUCAUCGCUAUCGCGCCGAUAUCAUCAUUGAACCCGACACCACCCCUUUUCCCUCCCCUGAGCGCGAUCUAUCACAAUGGCUGUCUUUGUUGAAUUGGACGACGAGGACAUCGAGUCCCAAAGAGAUGGGCAGGUGUGGAAUGCCACUGAAGCUCAAGCUCACCAGGCGAAAGGUGUUAGCACAGAUAAGAAGGACAACCAGGAGGCUCAUGAGUAUGCCGUCAAGGAGGUUCUGAAUCAGGACCACCUUAUGACCAAGGCUUUGGGAUGUUAUCCGAUCGCGCAAUCAGUGGCCAGGAACCUGGACUUGAACUCCCUCGACAGCCUCUCCCGCACAUGCCACAUAUUACAUAGCGCUCUGCUGCAGGAUCGCAGAGGACUGAUCAACUCGUCGCUUCGAUGCUCUCUCGAAGACGUCACUGUUGACCCGCAAGACACACUACGCUUUCGAGCGCGCUCUGCCAACUGGUACUACGGGCAAGAUUCCUCCGCAAGGACGGAUUUCCAGGGCAAAUCAGGGCAAUGUGCACGAGACAUGGUGGGACCUUGUCGACGAUGUGGGACAAUCGUUUGCAGGAAUUGCGCUAUCAAACCACCUGCUCAAAUCGUGCUCCGAGAUCGACAUCGGCGUCUCUGUACCAAAUGCGUCACGGCACCCCUAGGUCAGCUUGUCAAGCCCCCAAUGCGCCCCGAGGUCCGUAUCGAUUCGGAUGAUAUGCAGCGCGCCAUCUGCCAAUGCGGCUCCUCUGGGGUCUGGCUGUGUUUCCCGUGCGGAAGGUCUAUCAGAAACGACGAUAACACUUACCAAAGCGUCUGGAAGUGGCGCAACCAAUACACCGAUGUCCUCAGUGGUUUAGGAACGGGUAUCGGUGAUGGUGACCGCGGGGUCCAGUGCGGUCGUAACUCGCAGUGUUGCGGCGCCCGUGAGGUUGAGCAGGAAACGGACUAUGAUGCCGAGGCCGCUCGGGAGGCGGCAGACCAGCAGCUUCAACAGGACCGGCUUCGCGCAGGGCUCGGUUCUAGAAGUGAUAGCAGUGCUUCUACUUCGACGAUGGCGUCGGGUCUAUCUGCUGCCAGCAAUGCUAGUCUCAGUAGCUUGGCUAGCAAUGCGACAGGCGGCUCGGGUUCUAAUACUUUGGGGGGACUUUUGAGCUCAGGGUCAGACCACAUGCGCAGGACGCCAUCCCCAGCUAUGAAGGUUGGGUACGUGAGACACGAAGUCGAGGGUAUCGGGGGCGUUAUGAAGAAGAUUUCGGUCAAAAGGGUCAAGGUUGGGGCUUGCGUGCCAGAAUGGGACGAGGAGAGGCUGAAGGGUGAGGUAUUGGGAAGGGAGGUUCAAGGUAAGAGGAGGAGUUGGUGUGGAUGGUGCUCGCGAGUCAUUCCUGGGCAGGGUGAUUACGAGCUGGACAGGCAUGGGACCAGCGAUUGGAAGGAUGAGGACAGUAUUAGUUCUUGGAGGGGUAAAAACAAGGGCAAGGGGAAGGAGGCAGCAUAAAAAGGGGGCGUUACUGCGUUGUUAAUUUAGAGUCUGGGAUAUUUAUAUAUCAGCGCUGUCAUUGGGGGAAGGGCGGCGGUGGUGCACAGGGUGAGAUUGACAGUACCUCUCUCUACAGGUGAUAGUAUCCAGCGCGGCAAGUGAUUCAGCACCCAGGGGAGGCACAUUGGUACAAAGUA